CUGCAUUUUAGCCACUAGUGCAAUCGUAGCACCAAAAAAGACAGUGCAUCGUGUAGAAAAUCCCAAAAAUCGUGACUUAAUUUACGUCUUAACACGGACAGUAUCCAAAAACUUAUCAUGUUUGAAAAAAUUUAUGAGUGAGUUUUUGGACCAGAAGUUAACUCGCAUCACAGUUUUAUUCGCUGAAUCUUGGGAUACCGGUUUAUCUGACAUUUAUGUACGAAAAAUUUUGCAAGAACGUCCGAAAUUUAUCUUGUCAGACAAUAUAGCUUCCAUGGAUUAUGAAGCGAGUUUAAAUAUUGUAGUGCUGCUACACGAUCAUCGAUGCUUGGAAAAUUCAACAAUUGAUUUCUUGAGCGUAUGUAGACGUGGGUGUACUUAUAUUGUUUACAUGACAAAGGAGUUUAUGAAUGAAGAGGCAUUUAUGCAAGAAACUGAAGAAUUAGUUAAGAUGCUAUGGAAAAAAAAAGUCGCGAACGCAGUUAUUAUUGGCGCGUUAACAGAUACUGUGUUAUUAGCAAAAAGCGCUAAUUUUGAACCAGCUCUUUUGCGAAGACCAUCAAAGCCGAUUUUACUGGGAAAGUGUGAUCAACAUUCAAGAUGGACUACUCAAGAAAAGGUGAUGGAUCCGAUAAAAAUGGACAAUAGUUCUGUGAACGUCGCAUACUUCGAUCGAGAGCCGUACGUUAAGGUCAGCAUGGAUGAAGAGAAAAAGUUUUCUGGAUUAGAAAUAUGGUUAAUGCGUAUCCUAGCAAGAAAUUUGAACAUGUCCGUAAACCUAUCUGAGAUCGAAUGGGGCAACGGUACAGACUUUACAGAGGAAAUUGAUGAGGAAUUUACUAGUGAUCGUAAGAUAGAUCUUAUUAUUGGCGGAAUAUUGUGGAACCCUAAUGAAUUAACGGAUUUUACUGUACCAUAUGCCAUUGUCCAGGUGGUUUGGUUGGUCCCAAUACAUACGAACAUUUCAUUACGCGCUCUCAUAGCCCCAUUUGAAAACUCAGUUUGGUAUGCAGUAGGAGGCGUCCUGUUGUUUGCGAUCUUUCUCAAGUUCAUCGUUUUUCGCGAAUUGACUUUUUUGGAAAUCUUAGCGCUACUAAUGGGGUACGGUUGGUAUAAACAACCUACUCGAGAUUCGUACCGUAUAAAUUUUAUGUCAUGGGUAAUCUUUGGUUAUCUGUUGACUCAAUAUUACUUAGCGUCAUUGGCAGGACAAUUGAUGGCCCAGUCGGAAUUGCAAAUCGAAACAAUGGCUGAGCUAGUCGAUUCCGGUAUUUCAUAUGGAGGAUUAAAGAGCCAUCAUAUGAUGCUGGGUAAUUCGAGUAUUCAGAAUGACGAUAAUGAUGAUGAGGACAGUGUGAUUGAGACGCUAUCAAAAAAUUUUGUUGUUUUUGAGCAUGAUGAUUACGAAAAACUAUUUCAUGAUUUGAUAGACGGAAGGAAUACAAGUUUCGCGUUGGCAGUUGCGUUGAAUAUGUCGGCAGGGGCUACGAAAUUUAAUGAAAAUAAUGUUAAUAUGAUGGAUGAAAUUUUGACGAGCGCACCACUAGCAUUUGCCGUAUGGAAGGGGUUGCCUUAUUUAGAUUUGAUUGAUCAAAUACUAGUUCGAUUGAUCCAAUCGGGAAUCAUACAAUAUCUAGCAGAACAUGCUGUCAUUGCUGAACACGCUCAUCAUCAUGACGAUGAUGAUGAUGAUGAAGACGAUACUUUUGUCGAUUCAGAUGAUCUGAUACCAGUUUUUUUAUUAUUAGCGAUAGGACUAACGGCUGGUCUUCUUUGUCUAUUUCUUGAGGUCGUUGUACAUCUAUGUGUCAAGAAGAAAAAGAAAUCGAAGAGAAGAAGAAAUUUGCAGAUAAGAAAGAAACGAAGGAUGAGAAAUAAUGAAAAAAAUAAAAGAAUUGGACGAAUUGAAAGCAUCCCUGUCUUGAGACCGAAUGUCGAAGUUGGGUAUACGCAUGGGUAUAAAGUUAUCUGGAAAGAAGUGUAACCAGGUGAUAGGGGCGAGAGAGAACAACUGGAAUUAUAUAUCUUGGGAUAAAAAAAGGUAGUUGUUAUGAGAUAAAAAAAAACUGCGGAAUUUGCUAUCUAUGCUAUCAGCAAUUUGUAGUUGAUGUCAUAAAACGGAAUAAAAUUCUAAAAUAUUGGCACGGAGGUACCGCUGAUUGAUAGGAUUAAGUUUACUACAUAUCUGAUUUCCCUUCAUGUUUUCUCUGACAGUUAAUCCAGAAAAUUCAUUUCUAUUGAAUUUUCUCUAGUGUUUUCAGUUCAAAUGGACGUAUUUUAUAAACUUUUUCAUGCAACUUUUUCAGUAGAUUUAUUUUUCCAAAUUUUUUGUAAUAUUAUAAAAAUAGCAUUUAAGUACAACUGCAUUUCUCAUAAAUGAAUAUUAAGUCAUAAGCUAAUUGUCUCAGUAGUCAUCAGACUUGAUGAUUAAAUUUGUCUUAAUAAACUACUUAAUUGACUGAUCGAUUAAAUAUCUAAGUGUUGCUAAGUGCUAUAUUGGAUUGUAGUCUGUGGUAUGAUGGGUAUAUAGUAACCGUUGGCACUCGAGCAUAAGUGUAGGAGCGAUCUGCAUUUCGAGCUACAUAACAUGUUAGAAAUAAGCCUAUACUAUAAUGUGUAACACAUAGCUCGAUAUACUGAGCAUACAAUAGAACUAUCUAGCAGUAUAAAAUGUAAGAUGUUACUAUCGUAUUACAUAGAACUGAGUAUCAUCGAGAAAGUAAACAGCAAACUGUCCAUAGGACACAUUGCCGUUAAAAUUUUUUUUUUUUUUUUUACAAAUAGCAUAGAGUAUUAUCCGAUCUACAGUCGAAUUCCAUUAACUUGGAGGGUUAGUUUAUGGAGAAGUGGAAAUUUCUUAGAAAUUCCGACUUAUCGAAUGCCCUUUCUUCU